AUGUUCUCUGCGUUCAAACGAUUGUUGCCUCAAAUCUCCAUCUUCCACAACCCCUCCUCGCCCCCCUCCCUUAAAGCCCUCGCGCUCCUGCAGUCCGCAGCGUCAGGCCCAUAUCCCCCCUCGUCCAACAAACCUCUCAAGUUUAAUCUUGAAGUGGUAGAGCGCCCGCCUACGGCUGAUCAGAUUGCGACUAUAUUGUCCUAUCUGUCUUCUUCUCCGUCAUCACAAACGAAAGCGAAGUCAUCUGAAGACCCCGACCCCACCUCCCCCACCUCAAUAGCCUCCUUCCUCUCCUCCCACCCCUCCUCCCCCUCCCUCCCCGAGCGUCCGCACUCCGCACACGGCCUCGCAAAACUGGCAUCCACGAACCCGAACGCGAUUAAAUGGCCUAUCGUCGUCGAUUGGACGGCGGGCAGGGCGGCGGUAGGGAGUGCGGAGGGUGUGGAGGGGAUAUUGGAGGGGAUUCGGAGGAAGAGGGAUGGAGAGGAGGGAGGAGAGGAGGAGUUGAAGCCGAGGGGGUGGUUUAGUUGA